AUGUCUUUGAAUUAUUCAGUGUCUUCAAUUUAUUCAGCGUCAUUGAAUUAUUCAGUGUCUUUGAGGAAAGCCAUCUUGUUUCCUCUCGGCUGCUUCAUCAUGCUGAUGGUUGGACAUGCGCUCUGCCUCUACACGAUCUUCACCUUCCACAUCCGUUGUAGGGUCAAGUUCUUCGUAUACAUCGGCACGAUGCACGCGGUAUCUGUUAAGUUUGGAGCCAGGCCAUGCAUUCGCAGCGUCAUAGAGUUAGCUCAGUUAGUAGAAGUGCUACGUCUCGAGCUGCUAUCACGGGAUGGCAUGGUUCGAAUGCUGCCUGUUCAAAACUCGACCAUCAUAUGUGUAUGA